AUGGGAUCUUGUAUUGGCAAAGAAGAUCCGCCGGGUGCCUCGUCACCAGCUCACACAUCUUCUACACUAGGUCGCGACACUCUCCCCAGCCAUCCAAGGAUAUCGUCAGCCUCAGGCGGUGCAAUUCCAUCAUCUACGUUAACAUCGUCGAGUGGAAAUGUAGUGGAUAAAAAUCAAAAUUUGGCUCAAUCAACAACAUUUGUUGCCUUGUUUCAAUAUGAUGCCAGAACAGAUGAUGAUUUGAGUUUCAAAAAAGAUGACAUUCUGGAAAUUUUAAAUGACACCCAAGGAGAUUGGUGGUUUGCAAGGCACAAAGCAACAGGAAGAACCGGAUACAUCCCAUCCAAUUAUGUAGCCAGAGAGAAAAGUAUUGAGUCACAACCAUGGUAUUUUGGAAACAUACGGAGGAUAGAUGCUGAGAAGCGUCUUCUUCAAAACCUCAACGAGCACGGUGCCUACCUAGUAAGGGAUUCCGAGAGUAAACAACAUGAUUUUUCAUUAUCAGUUCGUGAAAAUGAUACCGUCAAGCACUACCGAAUCAGGCAACUCGAUCAUGGAGGCUACUUCAUUGCCAGACGACGUCCGUUCGCCACGUUGCACGAUCUCAUUGCACAUUAUCAACGAGAAGCAGAUGGUCUUUGUGUGAAUCUAGGAAAGGCUUGUGUCAAGUCAGAAGCUCCACAGACAUCUACAUUCACGUAUGAUGAUCAAUGGGAAGUAGAUCGUCGAUCGGUUCGUCUCAUCCGACAAAUCGGUGCUGGGCAGUUUGGGGAGGUAUGGGAAGGACGAUGGAAUUCAAAUCUGCCAGUUGCUGUGAAAAAGCUGAAAGCUGGAACAGCGGACCCAACCGAUUUUCUUGCUGAAGCGCAGAUUAUGAAAAAACUGAGACACCCAAAACUUUUGUCACUGUACGCUGUUUGCACAAAAGAUGAGCCGAUUCUUAUAGUGACCGAGUUGAUGCAAGAGAAUUUACUCACAUUUUUACAACGAAGAGGGAGGCAGUAUCAGAUGCCACAACUGGUUGAAAUAUCAGCUCAAGUGGCUGCUGGAAUGGCAUAUCUCGAGGAGAUGAAUUUCAUUCAUCGAGACUUGGCAGCCAGAAACAUUCUCAUCAGCGCCGGGAUGUCAGUGAAAAUUGCAGACUUUGGAUUAGCAAGAAUUCUAAUGAAAGAGAAUGAAUACGAAGCAAGGACCGGUGCAAGAUUUCCAAUUAAAUGGACUGCUCCAGAAGCUGCGAAUUAUAACCGAUUUACUACAAAAUCGGAUGUUUGGAGUUUCGGAAUAUUGCUCACAGAGAUCGUAACGUUUGGACGGUUACCGUAUCCUGGAAUGACAAAUGCGGAAGUGCUCCAACAAGUAGAUGCUGGGUACCGUAUGCCGUGUCCCGCCGGCUGUCCUCCAGUACUCUACGACAUCAUGCAACAAUGCUGGAGAAGCGAUCCCGAUAAAAGACCAACAUUCGAAACUCUUCAAUGGAAAUUAGAAGAUCUGUUCAAUUUGGAUUCUUCCGAAUAUAAAGAAGCCAGUAUGAACUUCUAA